ACUCUGAAAUGUCGUUCUUCCCUUCAGAGUCACCACGCCCCAAAUCCAAAUCCAAAUCCUUCAACAGUUCAACCUCGAUAUGCAAUGCAAUAUGCAUUGCCGCCUUAGUUGACAGCUGGCACUCAGAAGUGAAGGUUGUGACCGGCCUUCCACUACAAUCAUGAACGGCGCUUCCAAUCAUUUGUUUGGUGGAAUUGAAGGAGGCGGUACGCAGUCCACCAUCAUAUUGAUGGACAGCAGCGGCCGUUCGCUGGUCCAAUAUGUUGGUCCGUCCACAAACCAUUACGCCACGGGGAUGGAGGAGUGCGCGCGUCGCCUCGCGGAGCUGGUGGAUGUAGCGCUGAAGGAGGCCGGUCUUCCCCCCAACACGUCCCUCAAGGCGCUGGGCUUGUGCCUCUCAGGCUGUGAGGACGAGGCCACCAACGCUGGUCUGGAGCAGGAGCUGCGUCGUCAGAGGCCGGACCUCGCCGAGCUCAUCGUAGUGGCCUCAGACACGCUCGGCCCCAUUGCCACGGCCUGCCCCCGCGGAGGCGUGGUCGUCAUAUCAGGCACAGCGUACUGGAUCGCAGCGCGUGCGGUGAAGCUGCUCAUCGACGAGGAGGACCACCUCGUGGAUCCCCCACACCCCACCCACGCCCUCAGGACGCUCGUCCUGACCCACUUUAAUAUCGAGGACAGGUUCGGCAUGCUGCAUCACUGCUAUCAGAACUUCUCCAAAAGCUUCUACGCUUCGUUGACGCGCGGAAUUGCAGAUCUGGCGACGAAGGGCGACGUCGUUUGUCAGCAGCUCAUGUUCGACGGCGGCGAGGCACUUGGUCGCCAUGUGGCCGCCCUCAGCAGGAAUAUUGACUCGAGUCUGUACGACCCUCCUGAUGGUCUGUCCAUUAUCUGCGUGGGGUCUGUGUGGAAGUCAUUCGAGUUGCUGCGCCCCGGCUUCGUGGCGGGACUGAGGCCGCGAAGCAAGCUGGACGUAUCGGUGCCCCGCUGGUCGCUGCUCAGACUCAAGACGAGCAGCGCGUUGGGGGCGGUUUACUUGGCGGCCAAGAAGGCGGACUGCGACAUCCCGCGAGACUACGACAAAAACGCUGAAGUUAUCUUCCGGUACAGCGACGCGAAGUGUCCUGACAAGGCAGUGUCUUCGUAGGACUCUCGAAGAAAGACUACUGCCUUUUCCUUUGCUCAAUAAGUAGGAUUCUUCCUAGGACUCCCCUCAAGACUAUCGCCUUUUCCUUAGCUCAAUAAAUAGGAGUCUCCUCAAGACUAUUGCCUUUUUCUUAGCUCAAUAAAUAGGACUCUUCGUAGGACUCUCCUCAAGACUAUUGCCUUUUCCUUAGCUCAAUAAAUAGGACUCU